CCGGCGGGUAACAGUGAUCGGAACCUCUAGAGUCUUAACCGUCCGUUCCGCGAAUCGAUCGAGAGCGUACUGUAAAACUUGAAAGUCGAAAUGUGUGUCCUCCUAUUUGUUCACUAGAAGCUUCACCACACAACGCAAAAAAAUGGGCCGUUCCGCCUCCAAGCAGCAGGCGGCGAACUCGCCGAACAACCCUUGGGAGGUGGAAAUAGCCCGGAAGAAACGUCGCGAGCAGACAGUGAAGGAACGUGCCGCCGAAGUGGAAGCCGAACGGAAGCGCUCGGAAAAAGAGCGCAAACGUGCGGAGAAGGAGGCCAAACGCGUCCAGAAACGCAACCGUAAAAAGCGAAAAUCUCAACUCGAAGAACUGCAAGACAGCGAACCGCCUCCGAUUGUGCGCAAAUCGAAGGCUAAGUUGGAGGAAAGUGAUUACGACUCGGAAGCGAUCCGCCGGAUGCAGGAUCAGCUGGCGUUCAACAGUGAUGUGUUCGUGCUGAACCAGCUGCUGCUGGGAGUGCAGUUCUACGGGAACUAUGAAAGGGAAAUGUGGGAUGCAAUCGAGCGAAAUCGACAGGAAGAGAACGAUCACAACGGCAGGAUUUCGCGUCACUGCAAAACGGUCAUCCUACCCGAUCGGCUACAGAGUGCAGUCGAUCAGAGAAUCAAGUUUCAACCCAAGCAUGGACCACGAAAAAAUGAACUGCAACCGUUGCAUACCCAAACAUGCUACGUGAUACACGACAACAUCGAGAUAUCCAACCCCGGAGAGACAUCCGUCUACAGCAUCCUAACAGACGCACCCAUCUACAAGCUGGAAAUCGAAGACGGGCUAGAAGAGAAACUAACUAGCACGGGAAGACGCCGUCGGGGACACUGCCAUCACGGGUACAUCAAGCUAAAAAGUACGGAGUUCAUCAAACCGAACAAUUUGUCACCACUGGAUGCACUCGCCAGCAACUCCAACACGUAUGGCGAAUCCAGUGGCCUCGGAAGAAAACCAACGAAACAAAACGGAAAAUCGAGUAGCGCUAGCGAAAGCGAUACCAUGGAUGAGGAAGACGAAGUCGACGAAGAGGAAGACGACGUACCGAUCCGCAACUUCGGCAAGAUAAAGUUCCGAGACAGCAUAGCCAUUAAGCAGCCCAAAACACCCAACGGAAGUAUCUACGGGCUAUCCCGCCUGAUGGUUCCAUCCACUUCAACAAGUUCUACGUCACCACCCAGCAGCGAGUACGACUACGCGUAUAUUACCGCGAUCAACACCCAUCAACCGUUGAGUAUCAUGAAGGGAUUAAGCGACGAUCAUCCGCUCAGCACAACAACACUUCCCGACUACUGCGUGACAACAAUCAGCUGUCCGACGGAGCUCAACCGAGGCUACUACUCGGACGACGAGUCAGACGCCGAUAAGCUGCUCUAUCUAGCCAAGAGAUCCCUCCAACCGAAGCACAAUCCAGUGGAAUACGUCACCGAGCAACGGCAGUAUCUGAACUCCAAGGGAUUCCUAGCCUAUUUCAUAAACUUGUUCCAGGAUGCUCUGGCGCACGAUUUAGGCAUCCCGAAGGAGGACCUGGAUAAGGCAACCUGGAAGGGAGCCAUCAUAUACAGUGGUCACUGGGAAAUAGUUCCAGCGAUUGUUUGUCCUUGGCCACGCGAAGCGUCCGAAUGGGUCGAGCGGAAACGUGACAUCAAGAUCAACCCACUGACCAAGCAGAAAUUCCAAUGGCCAACAGCGCCCAUGAUUCAAAAGGUAAAAUCCUUCGGCUGCCACGUCGUACCAACCGGAUACGCUCCGAAGCAGGGUAACAACCGCUACCGGCAGCUCGAGUGGAAAGUGGUCUUUCCCGAAGCCGAACGCUAUCUGGAAAGUUGCCUCACGAACACCCAAGCGAAGAUCUACAUGUUGGCGAAGUUACUCUUCAAGACCUUCGUCGAACCGGCUUUCGCAGUCGGUGUUAGCAUGUUCAGCAACGAACACCUGCGGGCGCAUCUGUUCUGGCAGUGCGAAACAAACUACGCUGCCUGGCCGGAGGACUAUCUGGGCGAGGUGUUGGUGCGAUUCUUGAACGCCCUGCUCGAGCGCAUUAAGACACACAAACUUCCGGACUACUUUUUACCCAGCAGGAAUCUGUUCGAGAAUAUCCCGGAGAAGGUGCUGGUGGAAUUGCACAAGCGUAUCUUUCGUAUCACCGAGAACCCGCUGAUGCAUGUGCUUAUCGCUCUACGGAACAUGAAGUUCCCCGGUGGGAAUGUGACAUUCUAUCCGAAGGUUAGGAUCAAGCGAUUGUACUCGGUGCUGAUCAUCGACAAUCCGCUGAAGUUGGUUAAUCCACUGUUUCGCGAUGAAAACGAGAACCUGGCCGCGGAGGAUUCGGAGGAGGAUGAAGAGAAUGUGAAAGAGGUAGCGGUUGGCUCGAUGGCCUACUUUAACCAGCAGGAGGUGGAGUCACGAAAGCAGCGAACCCGAAUAGUGCGCUUCAUGGAAGCGGAGAAGAUCAAGGAACGGCAAGCCAACGCAGAGCGUCGCCAGUCGGUGGAUUCGAUCGAUUUGAUGUUUAGUCCCCUGAAACAUAUGGAAAACCUACGGCGCCAGUUGAUCUACAAUAUCUUCGUACAGCAUUUCAUCGAGAUGGCUCAAACCUCCUACGUGCUACGAUCAUUAAAUCAAGGUUUGAUCUACCUGAAGCAAGCCGAACGGUUGUGCAGCCUGCUGAGCGAUGACCAUGGGGUCGAGGAAGCCCGCCGCUUCCUGUCCAAGAUCUACAGCAUGCGCAGCCAGAUUGAGAAAACGAUCAAUAACACGAGCUAUGGUCCGGCACUUCCGAAGCGCGUCAGCACCAACCAGAGUCCGCACAAUCGACGCAUUCGGAUGAAGUCCCCGAAGCAGAACGGACACCGAAACCGACCCGCGUACACCAACGUCAGCCCGGGAUCGCUAUCGCCGGAUCGUACUCCCCAGCAGUCGCCGGACCACAACCGACGGCGUCCUCCCAGGAAAGUUGCCGUUCAGGUCCACUCGAUACACACUGCGCCGGACGAGCCGGAAAAUAUCUCCCAGCUGCUAGGGAAUGUCACCGUUGGUGCUGCUUAGUUACUUUUGCUUUGAGGUUAUGAACUACUUCUGUGAUAUCGAGAAUGCUUUGAAUAAAAACGCCUA